GAUAGACUGAAUGAGACUGCAGUUCCCCCAUCAGUUUCAUAAUACUCAGAAAGCAUCCAUUUACAUCAUUGUGUGCAGUGCAGGGCACCAGCUGCCAGGAAAUUUGAAACUAUUUUGAUUCCAGUUGACUAGAACAGCAGCAAUUGAAUUAGCUGGUAUCGCUAUAGAUAAACUGAUGACCUGUGCAUUUUAUUUCUUUGACCAAUGGGUAACUGCUGGAGCUACAGUAACCUCUGUAGUGGCCGUGGAAGCAGCGCUUUGCUUCCUCAUACCAUCAUCAAUGAAUUUCCAGAGUACGGCACUGUGGAGGCAAGCAGACACGAGCCAACAGCUUCACCGACACGCCACGCAGAGCCUGUGACACGCCGUCCAGAAAGACGGGACAGUCACCACCACGUCAGGCCCAUUCCUCAGUGUGCAGCUCCUGCAGAUAAUUCGAGACCUGAUGCUGGGGCAGCGCAGCUGCACGCCCCAGAAGAAGGUGUGCAACCUGCGGGUAACCUGCCAGAGAUUAUGAAAAUCUCUCGACGGUUAGAAGCAGCAAAGGUGCAAGAGAGAGCAAAUACUUCUCUCGAUUCAGAGACGCAAAUGGAAAAAAAGAGUGUUACUGGCAGCCAAAAUGUGCAGGCAGCCAGAGAACCAGUUCCAGGAGGCCAAGAAAAACUCUCAGACGUGCCUCUUCCUUCUGAACGAACAGCUGAGGAAAAAAAGCAUUUGGUCGUAGAGGAAGGUCUGGCUGCAAUAUGGACUGGAGAGAAGCAGUCCGAGUCUUUGCAAGCCAUUAGUAAUAAGGCUGACGAGGUCCAUGCAGUUCAGGAACAAAGCUGUCACAGACCAUCUGUGACUAACCGGGAAGCAGCCAGGAGAGUGGAGGGGUGGGCAUGUUCUGAGGAGUUUUCAGGGUACAGUCAAGGUAAAAUGCAAAUGGGUCCUGAGAGGAGGCUCGCUAAAGAGGCAGCUGUGAGUAAACAUGUAGAAUUUCAAGGGGUGGAGAUUUUAUGGCUGCAGAAAGCUGAGGAGCAGAGAAGAAAGAAGCACUCACUGGUGGACUCUUCGUCUGUGGAGAGGAAGGCAUUCCCCAAAACAUCCAGCCACCCUGCAUCACCAAUGGUCUCUCCAGGCCUGCUUUCCUCUCCAGACAGCGCGUGGAGUGAGGUCUGUGAGGACCCAAGGGGUCCCGCUGCAUCUGGAGCCACUCCUCUAGCACCACCCAAUGAAAGUGAGAAGGAUGAAGUUUCCUUGAAGGACAGGAAGAACCGUGGUGAGGAGGAGGCGUCUGUGCUAGUGAGAGGCCAGGGCAGGAUGAUGGAGGAGGGCGAAGCAGCCGCAGGAGGAUAUGAAGAUUUCCUUGGGCAGAGGCACUCCGACGUCUCCACUGAUCUGUACAGCUCGCAGUUCGAAAACAUCCUAGACAAUGCAUCUUUAUACUACAGCGCAGAGUCGCUGGAGACGUUGUACUCGGAGCCCGACAGCUACUUCAGCUUUGAGAUGCCACUCACUCCCAUGAUCCAGCAGCGCAUGAAGGAGGGCGGACAGUUUUUAGAUCGGACAUCAGCCUUGGGGCAGCCAGAUGUCCCUGACAGGGAGGUGAAGGGAUGUGGUGAAGGCAUCGCCAAUGGCUUAAGGGAUACAAGCAAAACACUCUUCAAAGGAGAUGUCACAGAAGUCCCUCAUCUGGAAAGCGAUGUUGAACUGCAGAAUGUGGUGUUAGACUCCAGUGCUGCCAUGGGGAGCAAUGAACUUCAGGAGAAAGAUGCCACUGGAGCCCUUGGCCACGAUCUCAGCAAUGGCAGCAGCAGCAAUUUGGAAGCAGCCAGGCGCCUGGCUAAGCGCCUCUACCAUCUGGACAGAUUCAAACGCUCUGAUGUGGCAAAGCAUUUGGGUAAAAACAAUGAAUUCAGCAAGCUCGUGGCCGAAGAGUACCUUAAGUUCUUUGACUUCACAGGCAUGACGCUGGACUGCUCGCUCAGGAGUUUCUUUAAAGCCUUUUCACUUAUUGGAGAAACUCAGGAACGAGAGAGAGUUUUAAUCCACUUCUCUAGCCGAUACUACCAGUGCAACCCAAACACCAUUUCUUCUCAAGAUGGAGUUCACUGUCUCACCUGUGCCAUGAUGCUGCUGAACACAGACCUGCAUGGCCAUAACAUUGGGAAAAAGAUGACCUGCCAAGAGUUCGUUGCUAACCUUCAAGGGAUGAAUGAUGGCAAAGACUUCCCAAAAGGGCUGUUGAAGGCCCUCUACAAUUCAAUCAAGAAUGAGAAGCUGGAAUGGGCAGUGGAUGAAGAAGAGAAAAAAAAGCCUCACUCCGAUGGUACAGAUGAAAAGGAUAAUGGGAGCCAGACAAAGGCUGUCAGUCGAAUUGGCAACUCAAAUAACCCAUUCCUGGACAUCCCUCAUGACCCCAAUGCUGCUGUGUAUAAAACUGGAUUUCUGGCUCGGAAAAUCCAUGCUGAUAUGGACGGAAAGAAAACUCCCCGGGGAAAGCGAGGCUGGAAAACCUUUUAUGCUGUGUUGAAGGGAACCGUCCUGUACUUGCAGAAGGAUGAAUAUAAGCCAGAAAAGGCUUUGUCGGAGGAGGAUCUGAAGAACGCGGUUAGUGUGCACCAUGCACUGGCAUCCAAGGCAACAGACUAUGAGAAGAAGCCCAAUGUCCUCAAGCUUAAAACAGCAGAUUGGAGGGUCCUACUUUUCCAAGCCCAGAGCCAAGAAGAAAUGCAGACCUGGAUCAACAAGAUUAACUGUGUGGCUGCUGUCUUCUCUGCGCCGCCAUUCCCAGCGGCAAUUGGCUCCCAGAAGAAGUUCAGUCGCCCGCUCCUGCCAGCCACCACAACAAAGCUAUCUCAGGAUGAACAGCUGAAGUCCCAUGAAGCUAAGCUGAAACAGAUCUCCACUGAGCUUGCUGAACAUCGCUCCUAUCCUCCUGACAAGAAGCUCAAAGGCAAGGAAGUAGAUGAUUACAAACUGAAGGACCACUACCUGGAGUUUGAGAAAAAUCGCUAUGAGAUUUAUGUCAGCCUCCUGAAAGAAGGAGUGAAGGAGCUGCUGAGUGGAGGAGAGAACGAUGCGCCAGGACUGAAGAAAUCCCACUCAAGUCCUUCUUUGAAUCAGGAGUCUCCAGUCAGUGCCAAGGUGAAACGCAACGUCUCGGAGAGGAAGGACUACAGGCCAGAAACACCCAGCAUCAAGCAGAAGGUCACUUAGGGCGGAAAUGACAGCGAGGGGAACAGCCAUGCAGCAAAGUACCGGUGGUCAAAAUUUUUUUCAUUUAAUAACCUGUCCUUCACAAAAAAUAAGUGCAUCUGCCUGAAUGGGGUGUUAGUGACAUUUUCUAUUGUAUAUUUUGCUGUUUCUGUGCAGAUUGUGGGAGAUGUCUUUGCUCCUGCUUUGCUUUGCUUUGUUAAUUUAUCAUUUAGCAAUUGAAGCAUCGGGACUUUUUUAUGUUGUUCUGUUUCUAAAGGAGCUGGGGGAGGGGUAGAGCGCUGUGACGUAUAUUCUGUCUCUUCCCCAUUUAUCUCCUCCCAUCGGCAUGUGGCUUUCAUCUCUCAAGUCACUUGUCACUUUAUUUACGUGGUGGGUGGGAAAAAUAACUGGACAAGUGCUGCAGUGCUGUGAAUGUAAGCUGUGGCUGCGAGAAAAGCUGUGCAGCUGCAGAGAAGCCUGGCUAGAGCCUGGGGUGCUGGGAACACUAGUUUCCUGUCAAUGUGGGGCAUGGUACUGGUACUUAGCAGCAGGUGCUACGGUAUAUAGUCACUGUUGCUUAUUGUUACUGCAUUGACGCUGGACCCACAAGUGUGAAGGAAUGAAACCUGGAAACCUCUGGCAAUGCUGGGAUGACGGCAUUGGAAUAAUUUGUUUGCUUCCUUCCAAGCGAAGUCUUCUCCUGAGUUUGCAGGCUGGAAAGCUGGAUAGGCUGGAAAGUAUCCAAACCCGUACUGUCUCUGCUGUCACGGAGAUUAGGGUUUACCCAGCUGGAAUGACUCUCUGGGUUUUACAUUUAUUUGCAGAGGAGGCUUCUGUAGAUGUCAGCCAUUAGCAUUAUAUAUUAAAAACAAAGGGCCUCUGUGUAGUUUUUAACUAUACGCUCUCACUUAGCUGCUAUAUAGAGCCUUAUGAUAUAUUGUGUCCUGUUGCUUCCCCUUCCAGGAGUUUCCUUGUUGGUGUGCGCAGAGAGCUUCUUUCAGUUCCUCUGAUAGUGACAAAGCACUUUGUCUUUUCUCUUCAGGAAGGGAUUCUCCUCAGUUCUCCGUUUUCCUGCUUUAGCUCACAUAUGGGUGGAAGAGGCUGGUGCAGACCAGAGGAGGGGACAGACAUGUCCUUGCUGCAGACUAGGGUUUGAUACUGUCCUGACUACUCUGUGACUAGAGGACAGCACAAGGCAGCCUCAGCUUUGUCAGAUCGUACCCUCCACCCACAGAGAACAAGCCCAGCUCGCAGCUCCUGCAUACCCUGCUCCAGGCUUUCAGAGGAGAGCACAAGACAGGGAGACACCACCAUGGGUAGAGCUUUCCAUACCUGAAAGCCCACAGACCCUUGGGGUGGCCAGCAGUUUUCAGGCAUAGAGAGCAGAAAGAUGAUGUAGAAAUUAUUUUCCUGCUUCCCAGCCCCUCUUGCCUGGGCAGCAUCAUGGCUCUGCAGAGAGCACUGGCUCUCCUGUUACUUAACAUCCUGGGUUUUAAUCUCAGGUUUGAUACUGGCCGACAGGGUGAGCUUGGACAGGUCUCUCCCGUUUUGACUCACCCUUUUCCUAUGUGGAGUGAUACAACCAAACUGGCCUUUCCUGCAGACUACCUUGGUACGUAAUGUUGAGGACCAUUAGAAAAUUGUUUCUUGCUGUUAUUUUUGUUGUGCCUGGCACAGGACAACCUUCCUGAUGGAUGCAAGUCUUAAUGCAUAUAGAAAUGUCAAGAUCAAUGCAAGGACUGUUUAGAAAUGCGCUGGUGUUUCCAGCCCAAGUAGUCAAAGGGCCACACAUCAAAAAAAAUUGCCACCUGAGCAGAUUUGUGUUCUGCCAGACUUCCCAAGGGUCCAAGUCAAUUAAUCCAGCUUAUUGAACUGCCAGUUCAGUGGGCAGAACUGGGAGCGAUCAAAGAGAAAAGGCCCUUAACAGACACCUGUAUUAGGGAGGGUUCGUAGCAUGCUGAAAUCUGAAACCAUGACACCUUUGAAAGCUCAACAAAACUGAUACUUAUUACCAAGAAGUGGCCAACAAAACUAACAAACCCAAAAGAGAGGAAGGAGGAGAGAAACAAGCUCUCAGUACUACUUCCCUAGUCACCCAGCUGUUGCCCAUAGAGUUAGUUAUCUUACAGACCUAGAGUGCCCACAAUCACCCAUAGCAGAAGCUGCAUCCCUGGAGAGUCAGCAAGUUCACAAAUUGACAGGCGUCCCUGCCAAAAGGCAGCGUUGUCCUUGAUGUGAAGCUUCCUGCCUUCCAAGAAAGAGCUAUCUGCUUUUAUACAAUUAAUUGAGUGGCCUCAGCCUAGGCAGGUGUGGUCAGCACUGCCCAGCCAGUGGCCCUCAGUCCCACCCUCCGUUAUGCAGGUAAUAUCUCUUCUGCACAUGCAUGGCUUUCCCUGCGCCUGCAUGCUGCACCCGAGGGAGUCUUUUCCAGAUGAGUCCAGGGGUUUACUUCAUACCCAUAGUCUUCAGUCUCUCCUUCAAGCGACCUUGGAGGACGAUCAGCCGAUCUUAAAACAUCAAUUAAAUAUAGUUUAUACAAGAACUCUCUCCAAGGGCGAAGCUCCUGUUUUAUCUGUGCUUGUUUUCUCAUAACUUGGCAGGGAAAGAACAAAACUUUUACAGGGCCAAACACAGACCAAAAGUAUCAGCGUAAUUAACCCCUGAUACAACACCGCAUGACUUGCCUCCCCCACUGAGUACCACCAUGCAACAGCUUUCCCAGUGUUGUGCUGACUCUUGGCUGUAACAAAGAUUUUGCGCUUUCAGGUGCUGGGAGAUUUGGGAGCAACUUGAUCCUUGCAGCUGCAGCCUGGCGGCAAAACCGUAUGGUACCGUUUUCAUAAGUGGUGUUGGGAUACACGUGCACCUGGCAUCUGCCACUGGGAGUGGCCACUCCAUGAUGAAAGUCGUGAGGUUGGCCCUAACCUUGGCAGCGUUGCUAAAAAGCUGCAGAAGUUAUGCAUUCUUACUAAGGUGGAGUUAACAUUCAGUCCUCCUGAGGAAGAGAGAUGCCUACUGCUGCUGGAGCCAAAGUGAUGUGGUGCAGCUUGUUGGGUAGGGAGACUCAGUGUAGACAGACACACAAUAGGGCUUAUUGGGAGGGAUUGUUUGCAUUGAUUAAGAGUGGUAGAUCAACAGCUCAUGGAAGGGAAAGAAAAGCUAGAUGCCUGCAGCUGCUCAUCAUGCUCUGGAGGUUUAAAACAAAUGAAUGGAACAGACAGAAGAAGAAAUUCAUUUGGGGAAUGCCAACUGCAUAUUGGAGAAGAAAACUUGACCUGUCUGUUGUGGUUUAGGAGUCGUAUUCCCCAGUUUAGUGUUUCCACUGAGACUCUACAAACCACAUGUCACUCGCUCACUUCCCUCUUCCCUUCCCCUUGCAGCAGGCUGGAGAGGAGAACUGGAGGCAUAAAAAGGUAAAGAUCACAGGUUGAUAUAAGACCAAUUUACUGGAAACGGCAAUGAAUAGGAAAAUUAACAGUAAAGGCAACAAUAUUAAUAACAAAGUAGACAAGAGAGGCAAACAAUUCACAUGUGAAUGUUCACCAGCAGAGCCUGACAAUACCUGACCACUCGCUUCCCACUAUGUGACCUUCCCCCCGUCCCUGAAAAAUGAUGUAGGUAGUAUAGGAUAACCUCCUGAUCCUAGCCAUGCCCUCUCCUGGCUACUGCAGAAAUUAGCUCUGUCCUGGCCAAAGCCAGGACACUCUCUUGCAUCACAACGUUAGGACACAUGCAGGAGAAACAAAACCAAAAAAAGUGCAGAUUUGUAAAUGGGCCCUGCUAAACUGUCAGGGUGGGGUUCACUAGAGGAUCUUUUUGAAGGCAGGCUAGAACAUGCUUAGCAGACCUCUUGUUAUUAUGGAGUGCAGUGGUUUAAAUGGCAAAGAAGUGACUUUCGGCUUCUUUUUCCUCUGGCUUUUAACAUAUUCUAGUUGCUGUAGACUCCAGUUAAAUUGCCAAGCUCAAAAAGAAAUUACUCCUGUUUAAUGCAUUUUCCAGCUUUGACACGGAAACUGGAUAAUUCCUCUUCAAAGUCAUUGCAGAAAAGACGAUUUGAAGCAACAGAAAAAAUCAAAAAGUGAACUGCAAAAAUAAUUUUUUUUUAAUUAUUUAUUCUCUAUUUCCAUGUAUACUUGUUAAUGGAUUAGGGUAUAUUUUUAAGUCUCAUCUGGGCUUAUCAAAUGCAGUUUUUCACUGCAUUUUUUAGUCAUUUAACCUUUGUUGAGCUUGGAGCACUCUUGGUGAGACUGCUGAGGCAUGCCCAUUAGCUUACCCAGAAUUUUUAGGUUCUGCUCAAGUUUUAAUUAAUGCCAUUUUGCUCUGUUAGUUUACAAUUUUUAAGCAUCCCAGGCACCCAUGUAAAAAUGCGCAUUUUGGAGGCCAAGCGAAAAAUGCGAUCCUGUUGUGAAAGGCUCCUGUCCUCCCUUGGGAAUAGGAUCAUCUACCAAGCAGUACUGUAAUACGUGAUGAUAUUAUAAAGUGGAGGUUCUCAGGAGGUUUCAGCGGUGCAUCUCCUUGGGUGGCAGCAUUGAGAGUCUGGCAGAGACUCUCCCUGCACCCUACCCUCCUUUGCUGAAGUGUUUGCCUUUAGAAGAAAUCAGUGCUUGACCUCAGCGAGUCAGGAGCUUUGGUUACAGCAGGUAAGGAUACUCUGCUGGUUUCCAGCCCUCCUCUGGGACUCAGCAUGCACCAGAGCUGCAUUUCAGUGAGCAGCCUGCAGCUUCCUGGUGGUGCUCAGUGUAAGCAGGAGUUACUGGCAUGUGUGCAUGCAAGCAAGCCUUUGCAGUGAUGCAGGGAGGCGUCAUCCUUCCUUGUCAGCCUCCCUGCUGCAGCAUGCAGCCAUUGCUCAGGCAAAGCCUCUGCCUGCAGGCUGAGAGGAGGGAUGCAAAGAGGGGAGCAGGAUGGGGCCAACAGCUCCUCACUUCCCCCUUCUUGUGGUGCAGACAGUGGUUCUGGAGGGACCCACCCUACUCUGAAGCACUGCUGUUGCUCACCCUCGAGGGGCUGAAUGAGCUUGUAUCCCCAGCUAAGGAAGGAGAGGCAGGAGGGGGCCUCACAGAUCUGCACCUGGCAGCAGAGAGAUGAGGGAGAAGCAGAAAAUUGCCUUCCCCUCUCCCCACUCAGCAACCAAAGAAGGUGAGGUACUCUCCUGAAGCCAAAACCGCGCUCUCCUCCAUGAGUCAUCAGGACGCAGGGGUCUGGUUGAGGUGGUUUUCAAUCGUCAGUGGCUGCGAAAGAGACUCUCUGGACUGGCUGUGUGUUUGUGUGCAUCUUGCAGAUAAAUCACGCAUGGACCAGUGAACAUGACUACAGCUUCUAAAUCCAGUAUUUAUGUUGUGUCUUUAUUUGAUGUAGAGGGAUAAGUCAGCCAGCAGAGUGAUUAAUGCAGCGGAGCUAUGGGGGAACACGGUUCCGCUGCGACGCCGGCUCAGGCAGUUUUUCAUCUGUAGCCAGUCACUUGUAAAUGGUUACCAGAAGCUUUCUAAGGGUUAGUAAACUACUUGUCGCUUUAAUGCUUUCCCUCUGAUCCCACGUGCUCCCAGUCUGUCCAUGUUAAGGGGCUCUCCUGGAGCGCAGUGCUCGACACAACCAUGGUUUGAGCCAGAGUUUGGCCUAGCAGCCCUCCAGAGACUGAAACUGUUCAGUGACUUUGCACAGCUCCAGUGCAUUGGAGUAACAAGGCUGGUUGCUCUUCUGACUUGAAACAGCCAAAAUUUUUGCCUUUCUCCAGUGGGGAAAUGAGGUUGAUUAGAGCAGGCCAUUCAGUGAGGAGGUGGUUGUGGCAGUGGAGAAGGCUAAAGGUGGCACAGUUAUCACCAGGCUUCUUGAAGGCAUUGUGUGGCAACGUCCUCCUCGAAAGUGGUGAAGGCUUUUCUCUGCAGAUGGCAUACUGCUUACUGUGUCUGCAUUCGCCAUUCCUAAAUGAAUUUUGGUCUUAUUGCAGUUAGUCUGACAGCUCCUCCUACUUUUCUGUCAAGCUGCUCCUGUCUGUCAUCUUAGCACCUCAGCUGCUUCUGUAUAACAGGUCUGUUUCCUUCCAUGCUUGCAGAAAUCCAGAAAAUUUGGCUGUCCCAUCUUGCAUUGAGAAAACCUGCUCUGAAGCAGUGCUGCGUUGAGUGGAUAACCCCGUGAACAGCUUUUCACUCUGCUUGUCGGUAGCCCGUGUUUCCAGCCACAGUUAUAGCCGGGAGGUGUGAGACCGAGUUUUAGACUGCUGUGAUCCUCUAGUGUUAUGCUGCAGGGAUGCGAAGUACCCCCUCCCACACUCAGACCAAACACUUGCAACAUUCCGAGUCUUCUAGUAUCCAGGUUGUUGGAAACACUGUCUGCUUUGCAGAGGCAAAGGCAGUAUAUACACCUUAUGUCAAGUAGUCUUUUGGCUUGAUGCUUGUUUAAAGUUUCCCCAGUAUUGCUCUCCCCAGGCUCUGGGACAUCACAUCUGCUCUGAGAGGGCAGUUAAUAAGUGCAUAUUUCUCACAAGAGCACAACCACUGCUCCCCAGCAUGUGUUCCCAGCAUCUGAUAUCUAGGCUGCCUAGAGGGAUGAACUGUAGAAGCUUUUUCAAAAAGAGCUAGUCAGUAGCUUGUGCUUUUUAGAGGAUAUUUUUAGCGCAUAUAGAAUCAGUAUGCCUGGCCUCUCCUCUCUCCCAGCAGGGUAACAUAGGGAACUGCUUCAUCUGGAGCUUCACGGUGGGGACCUGAGCUCCAGGAAGCUGUCAGAGAAAUGGUACCACCUGAGCUGAGCAGCAGUGCACAGGACAGUGAUUCUGUAGGAGGGAAGUGAGCCAGUGCCACCCUCCAUGGCUGGUCACCUGCUGGAGACUGUGUGCUCGAGCAUUGCCCUCAGUGCUGGGGGUGAUUGGAAACACUGGCUCCCUUUUCCCUCUAGAUUGUGCUGCUUGAGGAACUGUCCCUACCACCUGCUGCUUUUCUCCCUUGUGACAGCAGCACCCUUAUCCAGGGGUGCCAGAGUCCCUUUGUGAGAAGACUGGUUUACAUGAGAGCAAGGAGGACAGGUCCUUGGAAAACGUGUCCUGAUGCCAUCUGGGACUGUCUGCUCUGCUGAUGGCAACAUCCAGUUGAGCAGUGUAAGGAGGUAGGCUCAGCCCUGCCUGAGACAAUGUCCCUUGCUCAUACCUUUUGUUAGCUGCACAGAGGUUAUAUUUUAGUUAGUUAUUAGAGCCCUUCCCUUACCAAAUGCAAGCAGCAGCUUUCCCAGAGGCCACACCUCCUGACUUUGCUCCUGUGAUCAGAAGGAGCAAAUUUGGGCCAGCCCAAAGUGUUCUCUGUUCCCCCCCCCUUUGAACACUUAAUUAUUCCAUAAAAAUUAUGAAUGUUUAAAGAGUGAGGGACCUCCCAUGGCAUCUGCUGUUAAAUCUGGGCCAGGAACCAGCUGCGAUGCAGGCCAGAGGUUUAUUUGGACCAAUAAACAUACAUCACUUAGCAAUGCAUGGAUUGAAAGUGCUACAAACUAUGAGGGAAGGACUUUUCUCUGAGGUAAACUAUUGUAAUUAGUAGCCACUCUGUAGCAGUGGUCCUGUCUGUAACUCACCUAAAGGAGAACAGCACAGCAAGAUACUUUUUGUUUAAGCAGGCAAGGUUUGAGGUCGUGUCUAGCGGAUAGCAUGGUGUAACCACAGAGCAGCCAGCCAAGCUGCCAUGGAGGAUUGUUUGACACGAAAUCCUCCAACUCCCUGAGACUCUUGCUGGGAGAAGGUAGAUCAGUGAUAUUGAGUCUGUGUCACCGCAUAGGGCAAACUUUACUGGUAAUAUAAGUCUUAACUCACACUCUUCUGAAAACCUCAUGCUCAGUGCUAUCAAAUUCCGAAAGCCUGUUGGAUGAGAACAGGGGUGGGGUUGCCAUUGGUUUUUUUUAAAAUUUGUACAUAUUCAAGACAACUAUGUCCUCUUACUCAAGGCUAGGGUUAUAAUUUGGCUAAAAGAACAGAGUUUUUUGGGAGUUUGAAAACUUUGAAAUCUCUAGUCUCUGCGUGAGGUACACUCUGAGGCUUACAUUCCUUGGUGAACAUGUUUAAGUGAUGCCUAUAGAUGUGUGUAUAUAUUUCAUAGGUAUAGUAUGGCUUCUGUGGCACAGCACUCCAAAGCCUGCUGUUCUUUUCUGAGGCUUAUUUUGGUCAAAGCACUUCAGCAGCUGCAAACAUUAUUAGGAUGCUUGUUGUUCUAGUUGUUCACAAAUGAGGUUAAGCAGUCAUCAGAGCUUUCGCAGGUUUAGGGUAUCCCUUGAGCUGCCUUGAUCUCCAUGUGUUAUCCACCAGGGGCUGCCUGUUGUUCUGCAUGUUGAAAGCAAAGGCAUAUAUUUCAGAGUCUUAAGCAUGGGUUAGUGGGUGGGAUUUUCUGCUAGCUUAAAACUAGGCUAACUUUCUCCCUGUUUGUAUCAGCCAAUGCCUGCACCGGGAGCAUCCAUGCUGACUUCUGAAAAUCAUGCUCUGGGGAUCUAAUACACAGCUUUACUUCUGAAAAUGUUGACCUUGCUCUGUGAACAUUCAGCAAGGGGACAUCAUGUCCAAAAUUGUCCAAGAAGGACAGGUGCCUGUGAUGUCUCCUGCAGAUACAGCCGUACAGCAGUAGUGAGGGGUUUUUUUUUUCUGCAACUGUACAGAUUUCCAGAAGAGUGGUCAUCAGCAGGGAAAAGAAGAGCAGCAGGGCUGAAAUAUCUUGGGCAUCUCUUAUACCUCCCAGAGGUUUCCCUUGGGAUCUUUGAACAACCUUUUAACAAGUUGCUGGUCUGAGUAAAGAGACGUAAGGAAACCCAGUGGGUUUUCCUAUUGUGCUCUAGUCAGGGCAACACUAGCAUGAUC